AUGGACACUACACCUGCACCAUCUAGAGCUACCACGCUGCCGAACCAAACCCCUAAACGAGCCCGAAGUUCACCUACUCCUAGUCCAGCAGACAUAGGUAAACGCUCUCGUAGAAAGGGCACACCCCUUCCCUUUUCACUUUUAGACUCGUCUUCCCCUUCCACACCAUCUGAAUCUUCACCACGUGAUCCAGGAUCCGCCAACCUUUCUUCCUUCUGUGCGUUUUUGGACCAGCAAACCACCCCUCAGUCUCCAUCCAAGUCGAGACAUGUAUCCAGACCUUCCCCUCCUCGAACCAGAUCCCAGUCCGUUCCCAAUGCUACAAUUCUAACAACUACCAAACCAGUACCAAUCACACCGUCGACGACCAUUAUAUCCGCUACCAAACCGUAUUAUCACCAAACCAAGGACAAAUCAUUAUGGAAACUACCUGCUCUAAAGAAAUCAACCUUAAUAAUUGGAUCAUCUAACCUGAAUCGAAUUACCAAAACCAGUUCGGACACCGAAAUACAUUCUUACCCCGGUGCCCAAAUCCAUCACAUACAGUCAAUCCUGGAAUCAUACGACCAUGAUCCCAAACCUAAUACCAUUAUUCUUCAUCAAGGCCAACCAGCGUUUACCUUCAAACGCAAAGUCUCUGAGUUGGAUAGUUUUAUCCGUCCAGCAAUGAAAACAUCAGCUGUCGACGCGAAUAUUAGAUCCCUCAAUCGGACAUGGCUCUGUAAGGUUACGCAGGUCCUGAUCGACCAUUACCAAACCACACUUCAAGAGAAGCUGACCACCUAUCGUACCAAGUCUUUAUCAUCACCUGCCGUCGACCGCAUCGUUUCUCAUGCCCUGUCCUGGGCCCGCCGUUCCUAUGGGAAACGUCUCACUCAAGCUGUAAUCUCCAAAUUCUACCAAACAAUCAACGAAACAAAAACCAGAGUAACCAUAUCUCUACCAACUGGAAUGGACACUACACCUGCACCAUCUAGAGCCACCACGCUGCCGAACCAAACCCCUAAACGAGCCCGAAGUUCACCUACUCCUAGUCCAGCAGACAUAGGUAAACGCUCUCGUAGAGAGGGCACACCCCUUCUCUUUUCACUUUCAGACUCGUCUUCCCCUUCCACACCAUCUGAAUCUUCACCACGUGAGCCAGGAUCCGCCAACCUAUCUUCCUUCUGUGCGUUUUUGGACCAGCAAACCACCCCUCAGUCUCCAUCCAAGUCGAGACGUGUAUCCAGACCUUCCCCUCCUCGAACCAGAUCCCAGUCCGUUCCCAAUGCUACAAUUCUAACAACUACCAAACCAGUACCAAACACACCGUCGACGACCAUUAUAUCCGCUACCAAACCGUAUUAUCACCAAACCAAGGACAAAUCAUUAUGGAAACUACCUGCUCUAAAGAAAUCUACCUUAAUAAUUGGAUCAUCUAACCUGAAUCGAAUUACCAAAACCAGUUCAGACACCGAAAUACAUUCUUACCCCGGUGCCCAAAUCCAUCACAUACAGUCAAUCCUGGAAUCAUACGACCAUCAUCCCAAACCUAAUACCAUUAUUCUUCAUAUCAGAAUAAGAACAGAAGAAAACCCAAUAUCAAGACCCUUAAUCCUAAUUUCUAAAUAA